GUAAUAUCCCCCUAGUCGAGAUAUAAAAAAGGCUAAAUUACACGAGAGCUGUUUGCUUAACCAAGGUCUCGACUCAGCUUCGAGUACGGCUUUUCUUUCCAAACGCUCGCUUUUAAUUUACGUGUGACAGACGGAACGUUUUUUUUUUUUAAAGAAGGCGUCAAUAUCGAAGUAAUUCCUUAAUAAUCAUAAUCAACUGCACGUGUGAAUUCAUGUCUGUAUAUUCUGACCAAAUAUACUGCCCAGUGUUUGUGCCGGGCGGAGACAUGACUGAGGUGAUGAUCAGUAGCACCCCCAUGGAGGACAUAAGGCUCAGCCCCAGCAAGGACCGGCUCUCUUUCCAGAUCUUCCCGGACCCCUCGGACUUCGAGCGCUGCUGUAAGCUGAAAGACCGCCUGCCGUCCAUCGUAGUGGAGCCCACGGAGGGGGAAGUGGAGAGCGGUGAGCUGCGUUGGCCACCGGAGGAGUUCAUUGUCUGUGAGGAGGAAGAGAACCAUGGCAAAAGCCAAACUGGACAGCCGACGCAGAACAACGAGCACUAGAAGCCAAACAGACCCCACCCACCCUCCUACACACACCAGCAGGAGAUCCCACUCGCACCUAACCACUCAAACAGACCCCACCCACCCUCCUACACACACCAGCAGGAGAUCCCACUCGCACCUAACCACUCAAACAAACUGAACAGGGGCACACAUGUCAGUGAUGCUCACUUUCCUUCCCUUGACACCAAAGCAUCACUCUCAAGAGAAGCAAUAUGCAGUACCUUAUCUACUCUCCAGAUUUCACCUCUGUUGCUUUACCUUACACUCACACUCCAUAUGCAUGAAAGUACACACACACACACACACAGUUAAAACCAACCCCAACAUAGAGGCCCAGUUAAACGGUAGCAGCUCUGGGCUUUAUGGACAAUUCUAGUACUGCAGGAUACUACAGUUCCCACACCAUUCGGUCAAACCCGCUGGCCACAUGACUCCAGAGACUCCUCAUACCCAUAUAGACUACUGCUGUGGUACCCAAGCGGACUUCUGUUUUUCAUACUUUCCUUCAGUAUAUGGAUUGAAAUAUACAUGACUGUGAUUGCCAUUGCCAGUCUUUUUAAAAGGCAGUGCUUGUGCAUAGGUUGGUGGGGUUUGUUUUGUUCCUGUCGGUGGAUUCUGGUGGUUGACAGGAAGUAGGGGUUACUGUCUAAACACAAGGAGACCUUUGGUCUCCGUUGGGUAAAGUACUAGUUUUUUACACUGAGAUGGAAAGAGGAAACGCUUCCCUAUUUCUGUAACAAUUAAUAAUAUGUACAGUAUGUUAUGAAGGCUGGUUGUGCCCUGAAGCACUCAUGUGCUUUUAUUUUGUUCUUGUUGUGUACCCCUAAUGUCAUUGGAUAGGUAUUGAGUACAGUAAGAGUCAAUAUAUUUGAGAUUAUGUAGUGAUUUAAAACCAACAGUGUCACUAUAAUGGACAAAGACUCACUGAAGGACAUGUAAAUAUAUGUUUGCCCUCAGAACCAAUACCUGAGGUUACUGUUGAUUUGGUUUAUUUUAUUAUUGUCGUAAAAUAUUCAUGAGACUAAAAUUUGUUCUAGGUUAUUCUCACCUGAGCUCAGAGUUCCCUAAUCUAGUCUUCCUGUUCUUUUGAAAUCCAUGAUGGGUAUGUCAGCCUCAAUGUUCAACCUGUAAGGUAUAACAUGAUGUGUGGUCAGUGACUUUGCCAGAUAACUUUUGUAAAUUUCUGAAACUCCAAUUUUCCAGUUCAUAAAAUUGGGCAUUGGUUCAUGGACUCUGCACUGUUAUUAACCAGUCCUCAAAAGUAGCUUAAUUUUCUGAUGUUGAAAACAGUUACCGGUGUCUGUCACUUUGUCAAAGUUAGUUGGCUAACUCAUUGAUCGUGUCUCAUAAAUUGCCACUUGGUUUGUAUGCCAUUUGAAAGACCAACGGUGUUUUGCUCUCUAUUUAUAUUCUACAUCACCAGCUCCAUGUCCAGUCUUCUUGGAAGGAUGUAUAUUGUUAAAAGCAUGUUUUCUGGAGAAAAAACUACUUAUGUAUUUCAUUUAUGAUACUGUAUAUGAAGCGUUGUGUAAGUCUCUCUCUCUCUCUCGCACAUUUAAUUUCUCUGUACAUGGCAUUAGAACUCUGUACAGAAUAUCUCUUUGUCUCUCUCUGCUGUCACCCACAAGUCCUGUGUAGUUUUUGUAAAGCUCAGGGAGAUUAGCUGCCAUUUUGCUGUAAUAUUUUGUAUUUAGACCACUUUACUCUGAACAGAGGUUGUAAAUAAACAUUGGAAUUUGCUUUCAACUGUC